GUUGAUUGCAAACCUAUGGAUAUCACCUGCCUCUAGUAUUCAUAUAUAGAAUUUGGGCAACCCCGUACAACCCCUCCUUCCCGUCUCUUGCUCAGUCCGACCAUCUCCAAUUCCUGAUUCCAAGUACUUUGGCUGUCCCAAUCGCAUCGCAAGGGCUUCGCGUCGUCGGUGUCUUUCUGUCGGUCUGUUUCAGCUUCAACCUCCGCUACCUCACACCAUAAUACCAUCAUAUUUCCACUUAUCAAUCUUUGCAGAACACUUCCAAAAUGGUGCAUCUUACUAUCAUCCCCAAGGAGGACGAGAUCAGAGACGGGCUCGACAUUCCACUUACGGGCGCCCUCAAGGCGGUCCAUCUUCAGCUCGCCAACGAUGAAGACCGUUUCACUACGAGCGUGUACGGCUCAAAGUUCGCCGCCGCCGACCUACCCCGCCAUGAAAUGCCCGAUGAGGAGAUGCCCAAGGAAGUUGCUUACCGCAUGAUCAAGGACGAGCUGAGCCUGGAUGGCAACCCAUUGCUCAACCUCGCCUCGUUUGUUACCACAUACAUGGAGGAAGAAGCUGAAAAGCUCAUGACCGAGUCUCUCCCCAAGAACUUCAUCGAUUACGAGGAGUAUCCCCAGACGGCCGAUAUUCAGAACCGCUGCGUCUCCAUGAUUGGUCGCCUCUUCAAUGCUCCAGUAAAGGAUGCGGAGGCUAGCAGCGCCGUCGGAACAUCGAGUGUUGGCUCUUCUGAGGCCAUCAUGCUCGGCGUCCUUGCCAUGAAAAAACGUUGGAAGAACAAGCGCAUUGCCGAGGGAAAGCCCGCUGACAAGCCCAACCUGAUCAUGUCAUCCGCCGUCCAGGUCUGCUGGGAAAAGGCCACUCGUUACUUCGAAGUGGAAGAGAAGUUCGUCUAUUGCACACCCGACCGCUACGUUAUCGAUCCCAAGGAGACGGUCGAUCUGGUGGACGAGAACACCAUUGGCAUCUGCUGCAUCCUUGGCACAACAUACACUGGCGAAUACGAGGAUGUCAAGGCAGUCAAUGACUUGCUUGUGGAGAGGGGGCUGGACACACCAAUCCAUGUGGACGCCGCCAGCGGAGGUUUCGUUGCCCCCUUUGUCGUACCCGAUUUGGAAUGGGAUUUUAGGCUGAAGAACGUUGUAUCCAUCAACGUCUCUGGCCACAAGUACGGCCUCGUCUAUCCCGGUGUCGGCUGGGUGGUCUGGCGUUCUGCCGAGUACCUUCCCCAGGAGCUGGUUUUCAACAUCAACUACCUCGGUGCGGACCAAGCCUCCUUCACCCUGAACUUCUCCAAGGGUGCUAGCCAGGUCAUCGGCCAGUACUAUCAGCUCAUUCGUCUCGGCAAGCACGGCUACCGCGCUAUCAUGUCCAACCUGACGCGCACAGCUGACUACCUCGCUGAAUCGCUUGCCGCUCUUGGCUUCAUCAUCAUGUCCCAAAAGUCUGGCCAAGGCUUGCCUUUGGUCGCAUUCCGUCUCAAGGAGGAUCCGGACCGUACCUAUGAUGAGUUCGCUCUUGCCCAUCAACUUCGUGUGCGCGGAUGGAUCGUCCCCGCGUACACCAUGGCGCCCAAAACGGAAGGGCUGAAAAUGCUCAGAAUUGUUGUCAGAGAAGAUUUCUCUAGGAACAGGUGUGAUGGGCUCAUCAGUGAUAUCAGGUCGUGCCAGGGUAUCCUUGAGCAGAUGGACAAGGAAACUGUCAAGAAGCAGCAGGAGUUUAUCCACAAACAUCAUGUUGUAAGCGGGAAGGCAUCGCACAACCAUCCUAAAUAUCACAAGGAGAAACACUCGUUGCAGGGCAAGACGGGGAAGACGCACUCUAUCUGCUGAUUAUUGUCAAGAUACUGUGGUCGGAAAGCAAUAGUUCGCGGAACCAAGCAACGCCAGAGUAAGGGUGUGGGUCAAAAGUUCGGCCUUUAUCUUCCUGGUGGGAAGAAGUUGCUUACCCUCCGCACCGGGGCUUAGUGGGCGUUGAUAUAGGAGACAAGCUAAGGAUUUUUUCUCUCUAAUACGUGUAUUUAUUUCAUAUUUCACCAGCCGUUUUCUUGGCAAGGAAAAUCAGCACUAUGGUCAGGAAAAGACCAACAAUGAGCACUAUAUGACUCCGUCUCAAACUCGUUUGUGAACUUGUUUGAUUUAACAACUCUAAAAAAC